ACUGUCUGGAGGCGGAGGGAUCCGCUGGUCAGUACAGCGGUCSUGGCGGCGAAUCCRUCMCGCAGGCCUCUGCUGUUGGGGGUCAGUGAAGCUGAUUCCUGCUUUCACAGGAAGAAACACAUUUGUGAAAGAUGGGGCACAGAGUGAACCCUGACUCUUCUACAGCCAUCACCAAAGGCAAACGUCGCAGAGACGAGAGACGGCUGAUUCCUAUCUGGACGUUUAUUCGGGAACAUCAGAGUUCAGGUGAAGAAGAAGCAGAAGACGACACAACAGCUCUCACGAAGUCUCGUCUGUAUUUGGUGGGUUUGGGGAUUUUUGUUGCCCUGGUAGCUGGACCACUCAUCUACAUGAGUAUAAGGACGAUCACUGCGCUGGAAAAUAUCAGUGACCUUACAGCAGCAAAAAAGGAGCUGGUUAUUGAAACUAAGAUGAUGGAGAGCAAGAUCAACUCACUCAACCUAGAGAUCGACAAAAAGUGUGGGCCAUGCCCGGAUCACUGGAUGCACUACAUGCAAAAAUGCUACCUGUUUUACGAAGAACCAGAUCCUUGGAAGACCUGGGAAGAAAGUCAAACUUUCUGUCAGGACAGACUGGGACGUUUGGUUGUAAUUGGUAAUCUGGAGGAGCAGACAUUUGUCGGCAAAAACAUCAAGUACUACAAGAGUGAACACCACGGAUACUGGAUAGGACUACAAAAUGUUAACAACACCUGGAGCUGGAUUAAUGGACGUGCAGAUAGUCUUGGGUUCUGGAUGACGCAGGCGCCCGCCACUGUGGGUCCAAAAGUUCUGGUGAUUCCAAAAAAAAAGCCCACAGAGAGCUGGAAGAAAGCAAAUAAUGAGUUUCAGAACAAAUUCAUCUGUAACCCGGCGGAUUGCAUCGAGUCAGAGACGACCAGCAGCAUCUCAUGCACAAGGUGACAGUGGAGAGGAAAAGCUCCCUUUAACAGGAAGAAACCUCCAGCAGAACCAGGCUCAGUACAGUCUGGAGGUCUGAGGUGACGGAGCAGGAUGCAAAAGAAACAGAUUAACUAAAUAUUUUUGAUGUUCAUGGAAAUAAAAAGUUAGGCUUUAUUAAAAAAAAAAAAUAGCAAUACAGUUUUCAAUCUACAGGUGUACAAGUUAGAUACAUAAAGACAUACAUUAGUAGUAAGUUAGAUUUAUGGGAGAUGAAGUUUAUGGGAUAUCAAGUUGAUGGAGAAAAAAAAUUGUUGGAGGCUGAAUGUGUAAAGAUGAAGUAAGUUUUCUUUACGUUUGAAAAUGAGGCUGUAAAUCUGCAACCUAAAUAUAGUAAUUUUAAGAGUUCAGAUUACAGAAAGGCGUGGUUGGUUUUGCGUUUGGGAGAAAUCAGAAAUGACUUUACAAUGUGUCAACUAAUAGUUUUCCGUUGAUUUUUAUUUUCUUUUUGUUUUAGAUCACAUUCAGCUCUAUUAAAGAACGUUUUGGACCUUAAAGCUUCAUCCUUACAUUGAUAUCAGCCUCCUCUAAUAGAACAGAUGUGGAAAACCUUUGCUCUGCAUACCUGCUGAUGCCACUGAGACAAUAUUCACACAGUUGUGUUAAGUCUUUGUUUCUUUUUCUUCCAUGUCUUCCAGACGUUCAGGGCUCUUAUACAUGGUUGAAUUGUAACACAGACCAUGGAUAUAAACCUGCAGCAUUCAUUUAUUGAGCAUGA